CUUCGAUGAAGGAGCAGAGGUCCCCACAGUGACUGUAGCAACAGCGAAGAGGACGGAGGGGAAAGAGAUCCACAGCCACAGCUCCAUCACUCUCAAAGCUUACCUCUCACAGAGUUUAAGGAGAGAAGAGAGAGAGAGAGAGAGAGAGAGAGAGAGAGAGGAGGAACAGUUCAGAGCAGCGACACUUGGAAAAGACAAUACGGCUCCCUCUUCUCCGUUCGAGGAUCACUGCAAGGUUCCCUUUCUCUCUUUCGCUUUAACCAAAAGCGGAUACUUUUUAAGUGAAGUUCAUAAUUGUGUUCGUUAGUUUAAAUAAUAAUUAGUUGCUUAAUUAAGUAACAGUGUGUGUGUGGGAGAGAGAGAGAGAGAGAUAAAAAGCUGAGCAAAAGUUGAAACGAGGUGGAGAAAAGCCAUCGAAGAAUGAGAGUAGUCUGCGCUGCCACUCAGUCUUACCUGCUCAACUUGCUCACCAACGACCCUCAGUUUCUUCUUCAACUACCAGUAACGGUAAUUUAACGGCCAGAUGGGGAACUGCGGAACUAGGGAGGAAGCUGCUGUGGUGAAUGCUCAAGUUCAGCAGCUGAGCUCGUUGCCGUCGUCGUCGGUGAAGAGCGACAAGAUUAAGCAGCAGAAUCACAGCCGUUCGAUUUCAGAUCUGAGCGAUCCUUCCACUCCACGCAACUUCGAGGACGCGCGCAAGAAUGCCGUGCUCUACACGCACGUCAUCGCCUUCACGCUCUUCGAGCUCGAGACCAUCACCAAGAGCUUCCGGUCCGACUACAUCUUGGGCGAGGGAGGCUUCGGCACCGUGUACAAGGGCUACAUUGACGAGAAUGUCCGGGUGGGGCUCAAAUCUCUGCCGGUGGCGGUCAAGGUGCUCAACAAAGAGGGCCUUCAGGGCCACCGGGAGUGGCUGACCGAGGUCAACUUCCUCGGCCAGCUCCGCCACCCUAAUCUCGUCAAAUUGAUCGGGUAUUGCUGUGAGGACGAUCACAGAUUGCUUGUGUAUGAGUUCAUGUUCCGAGGGAGCCUUGAAAAUCACUUGUUCCGCAAGGCGACUGUUCCGUUGUCGUGGUCCAGAAGAAUGCUGAUUGCUCUCGGAGCUGCCAAGGGACUUGCUUUUCUUCACAAUGCGGAAAGGCCGGUCAUCUAUAGAGACUUCAAAACUUCUAAUAUCUUGUUGGACUCUGAUUAUACUGCAAAGCUAUCUGAUUUCGGGCUCGCUAAAGCUGGACCCCAAGGGGAUGAGACCCAUGUGUCAACUAGAGUGAUGGGUACCUAUGGCUAUGCAGCCCCCGAGUAUGUAAUGACUGGCCACCUGACGGCCAGGAGUGAUGUAUACAGCUUUGGAGUCGUUCUUCUUGAGCUUCUGACAGGAAGGAAAUCGGUUGACAAGACAAGACCAAGCAAGGAGCAGAACUUGGUAGAUUGGGCACGACCAAAACUGAAUGACAAGAGAAAGUUGCUACAAAUAAUCGACCCUAGGUUGGAUCAGUACUCAACCAGGGCAGCACAGAAAGCUUGCAGCCUGGCAUACUAUUGCCUCAGCCAAAACCCCAAAGCAAGGCCCUUAAUGAGUGAUGUAGUAGAGACUUUGGAACCGCUACAAACUUGUAACGAUCCAAGUGAAUCAUCCUUGGGCGGACCAUUUGCCAUGAGCAGACUUCCUGAUUAUCGAAUGCGUCAAAGGUUUUCUAACAACGUAGGUCCAGGUGCUAUUUGUCGAUCUCCAAACCCAAAUAUAUCUCCUGGAGGUCCUGCAGCAUGCAGAGUUAGAUGAGAAUGUAUCUUUUAUGUAUACUUGUUUGUAUGCUAUCUUCCCCAACCUUUUUUGCAAUGACAACUUUUCUUAUAUUAUGGGUGCAUAUGUCUCAUUGGUUUUGGUUU